UUGCGGGUGAGUCUACGUCACCGGAAAUGUGCGUCGCGCCGCGUCCGGUCAUCGUGAAUAAGGCCUCGGGCCAGAACGUACUGACUGACCGUCUCUCCGUCGCAUCUGUAGAGCCCCGCAGAGCAAGAUGAUGGCGCCGCUCUCCGGGCUGGGCCAGUGAUGAAACCUGCUCCUUCAGAAGUGUGCUCUGCAGUAAAAAGGAUACCAUUUAUGUCCAGAAUAUUUCUGUCUCCUGUGAGCAUGGCAGCAGUAUUGAGAAGAGCUGUGUGGUCCAGAACCAUGUGGAUGCAUUUAGCAACAUUCAGUAGGCAGGCCUCAGUACAGAAUGGAGCAGUGCAUUGUGCUCGCCAUAAGUCUACAUAUUCAGUCCUUCCAGAAGAUUAUAACUGUAAAGUGGAACUUUCCAUGACAUCAGAUGGAAGGACAAUUGUCUGCUACCAUCCUUCAGUUGAAAUUCCAUAUGAGCACACAAAGCCCAUACCUCGACCAGAUCCAGUGGAUAACAAAGAAGAAACAUAUGAUCAAGUGCUGAAAUCCAGAUUGGAAGUAAAGGAGCUAAAUAGCAAAGGUCCUACAUUUGAGGAGCUCAGCAAAAUGUUUUAUACAACAAAACAUCGCUGGUACCCUGUGGGACAGUAUCACAGAAGACGCAAGAAACUCAAUCCUCCUAAAGACAGAUGAUUACAGUAAUUUGUGUGUCUGCUCUGUCAUCAACUAUACUGGAAAUAAAAGUUUUACUGAUCAA